AUGGACGCUACUCCCGAUAGUUUUAUGUUACUUUUAAAUCUUUACUUUUUUCAAUUCUAUAAACUUUUUUUCUUUCUUAUUCUUCUUACUUCAUUUUCCUUCUUCCACUUUUUCUUAACUAUUCUUUAUCCUAACCUAUACUUUUACUAUUUUCCUUUCUACCUUUACUCUUCUUUUUUUUUUUAUCUCCAACAUUUCUUCUUCAAACUAAAAGCACCAAAAAUGCUUUACAAUUCUUCUAAUUUACUUCUACUUCUCCUUCUUCCUCUUCAUAAUUUUUCUUCUUUCUCUUUCAUUUUUCGUUCUCUCUCUCUCUCUUUCUCUAUUUCUCUAUUUCUCACUUUCUCUUCUCUAAAAGCAUACUUCUACUCUCUUUUCAGUUGUCCUGAAUUUCAAUAUCUCAUCUAA